GGUGAACAGUGUCAUUAAUUUUUUUGUGCGUCGGAAGAGAACGUCUUGCCAGUCCGUAGCUGUUUCCUGGACGCCGCAGCCUCCUGCGGAUCCCAAAUCCUCCACCUUCCAGCCGAAAAAUGAUUAGCCUUCUCCGAGUCUCUGCGAGAUCAAGUCGUCCGAUCCAGGCAAUCUUGAGGAAUCAACAGUUUUCCUUGCCCCGCUUCAACAUUUCCGGACUGUUUACCACGGAAGCUCAGACUCCGCCACCUGCACCACCGCAGCAACCGCAACGUGGGAACUUUCCUCCUAGACCGAUACCCAAUUUUGAACCUAAUGGUAAAGUGUAUGGGAGGAUAAAUUUGCUUGGCAGGUAUACAACGAAGACUGAUAUUAUAACUAUGAUGGGAGACUCUAAUUUGACGCCGGAAGAUAUCAAGAUUGAUUACCUCCCAAACUUCAGUGGCAAUGCAGCAGUAAUUCAAUUCCCUUCACAAGCUGAUUACUCAGCUGCAGUCAGAGCAGUUACACCAAAGACCACUCGGCAAGGUGGUCUCUCAAAGGUUGAACGCACGCAAUGGGAGAAUUUGAAAUCGCAUGAUGGAAAAUCAAUUGUACUGCAAGGUAUUCCUCGAAACGCAGUGAUUGACGAUGUGGAACGCUUUCUUACUGGAUGCCAGUAUGAUGCUUCUAUAGAGAUGUUUUCCCGCCUUCUGCAGCCAAGAUCACAAAAUCAAAACCAGGAGGCAGUUAGAAUGGCUGUUGUCCACUUCCCUUCACAGGUUUUGGCUUCACACGCCUUUAUCACCAAGAACAGAGGCUUCUGUCUCAAUAACCAAAUCGACAUUCGAAUUCUGCAUUAGCAAUUCACCCAUAUAUGAUGAAAUUUGGAGGGAUGUGUGCUGGUAACUUUUUGGUGCUAAUACACCAAUGGCACCUUUUAUUUGAUCGCUUGUUACAGAUCUAGUGAGAUUUGUGAUGUCGUUUGGAGGGAUACGUGCUGUUCUUUUAACUACUGCUGUCCGGAAUCAAUUGUAGUUUUAGAAUUUAGGUAGUUAUUAUUUUUUCCCAGAAGUAACUGUUGUUUUAGAUAUUGGAUUAUAAGCAUAUUUUUUUUAUGGAAUCGGUCUUCCAAAUUUGGCCAUAUUGGCUUUUCCAAGAGUACAAGCCAAUCUACUGAAAUUAUGCAUGGGACUGCUGAAUCAUGGCAAAAUUAUCUUCUUUAAUGCUAAACAUUUAUAGCAAAACCCGAAAAGGGUUCUCUUAUAAUGUUCCUUAA